GCGGCUGGUGGAUGUCAACUGCCAACCCUUUGGUUAGCAGCCGUAGCACUUAACCACUACGCCAGUUUCCUAGAAUAUGUCUGCGUACCCCAAUUUUUUUCUUUUUACAAUAAGAACCAUAUCCUCACGUGACGUUGUCUCCUCUUCUUUUCUUGGAAAACCUGCGUCAUCUCCGAGCGCUGAAACUUUUCACGGCUGCAGGCGCCUAAAAGGCAGCCCCAUGGCCGUGACGUAUAAUUUGCGCGCCGACGAAGGAAAGCCCCUGCUCCUCUUGGGCAGAGCGCGGUACACUCCUUUACGCUGUACAGGGCUCUUUGAAGAGACACGUGCGCUGUUGAAUGGAGCUGGUCGCUGGUUGCUACGAGCAGGUCCUUUUUGGGUUCGCUGUGCACCGGGAGCCCCAGGCGAGCGGCGACCUCGAGCAGAAAUGGACCGCUGUGGCUGACUUCACUCACCAUGCCCACACUGCUUCCUUGUCAGCCGUGGCUGUGAAUAGUCGUUUUGUAGUCACUGGGAGUAAAGAUGAAACAAUUCACAUCUACGACAUGAAAAAGAAGAUAGAGCAUGGGGCUCUGGUGCAUCACAAUGGCACAAUAACUUGUCUGAAGUUCUAUGGCAACAGGCACUUAAUCAGUGGAGCAGAAGAUGGACUAAUCUGCAUCUGGGACGCAAAGAAAUGGGAAUGCCUCAAGUCUAUUAAAGCGCACAAAGGGCGUGUGACCUUCCUCUCCAUUCAUCCAUCUGGCAAGCUGGCCCUGUCUGUGGGUACAGAUAAGACAUUAAGAACAUGGAAUCUUGUGGACGGAAGGUCAGCAUUCAUAAGAAAUAUAAAACAAAAUGCUCACAUAGUUGAAUGGUCCCCAAAAGGAGAGAAAUACAUAGUUGUCACGAUGAAUAAAAUAGACAUCUACCAACUGGACACUGCAUCUGUUAGUGGUACCAUCACAAAUGAGAAGAGAAUCUCCUCUGUCAGGUUUCUCUUUGAGUCUGUCCUUGCAGUGGCAGGAGAUGAAGAGGUUGUAAGGUUUUUUAACUGUGAUUCACUCAUGUGCCUCUGCGAAUUUAAAGCUCAUGAAAACAGGGUGAAAGACAUACUCAGUUUUGAAAUCCCAGAGCAUCACGUUAUUAUCACAGCAUCAAGCGAUGGGUUCCUCAAAGUGUGGAAGCUUAACCACGAUAAGGGAGUUCCCCCAUCUCUCCUCUGUGAAGUAAACACUAAAGCCAGGCUGACCUGUGUGGGAGUGUGGUUGGACAGAGUGACAGACAAGAAGCAAAGCCUCCUUCCAGCUGCAGAGCCUUCCCCUGUAAGUAAAGACCAGUCCCAAAUCCACCAGAAGGAACCUGGGGAUGAAGUGCAGGAAGAAGAAAGGCAGUCAAAACCUAACACAAAAAAAGGUGGUUUAACUGGAGACAAUGGUAAACCAAAGAAAGAAAACAGCCUGGUGUCUCCCAAGAAGAGGAAAAUGGCAAAAAUGCUGGAAAAGAAGAAAAAAAGGAAGAAAAUACAAAUGAUACGGCAAGUUGCAGCCUUCUCCUAUGAGAAAACUUCUUUGCCUGAGUAAAAGCAAAGAAUUUCUUCUUUUGGAGAAAGUGUACAGCUUUAAAAAUUACUUCUAGGUGUGUUUCUUAAACAGUGAUACAAUUAUUUUUGACAGGCAAUAUGUAUUAUGUAUCAUGGUGGUAGCAGCUUUCUCCUAAGAGAAAACUUUUUUUCCGAGUAAAAGCAAGGAAUUUCUUCUUUUGGAGAAAUUAUACAGCUGAAAAAAUUACUUUUAGGUGUGUUAAACCGAUAAAAAUCUUUUUGGCAGGCAACAUGUAUUAUAUAUCACAGUAGUACAUACUAUAUGUAGUAUAUAAUUUUACUGUUGUGUAAGCAAAUAAAAGCUUUUUCUCAAAAUGUUGUAAUUUCAAAUAAUACAGAAUCUUGAACACGCUCUUUACCAGAGAUGUAUAGGGGAGUUCAAAAUUUUCUCCUUAAUGUAGGGAGAAUGGAAAAACCACCUUACUUUGGUUUCUUCAAAUGGUUCUAGUAAAUUAUUUGUUGCUGUUGUAAUUUUAAUGCAGAUUUUGUUCAUUUUGGUACCAAAGGGUAUAAAAAGAUUUUCAUACCAGCGUAUUAAGACACAUUUAAAAAAUUAUAUAUAAAGCAAAUAUAUGUAUGUACAUAUGUAUAUAUAAAACGUAUGCCUAAGUUUAGGGUUAAGUACAUAAAGAAGGUUAGAGAGAGAGGUUGCCAAACUCUUACCAAGCAGUGGAUGACAAGAUAAUGAGGAAAACAGAUUUCCAAUUUUGUUUUCAUCCCUUUCAGGGCAUCAAAAAAAUCACAUCCCACUCAAUAUGGGGAAAGGACUUAAAUAUACAUUUUACCAAAGAGGAUAAUCAAGUGGCCAACAAAUACAUGAAAAGAUGCUCAACGUCAUUAACAAUUGUUGUGUGCUAGCAAGUCAGUUCCUGCUUAGCCACCCUAUAGGACAGAGUAGAACUGCCCCGUAGGGUUUUCUAAGCUAUAAUCUUUACGGGUGCAGAUCACUAGGACUUUUUUCCCAAAGAGCAGCUGGUGAGUUCCAAUCACUGACCUUUUCAGUCAGCAACUGAGCACUUAACCGUUUGUGCUACCAGGGACCUCACCCCUGUUUGAAUGAUGAUGAAUAAAGAAGAAAAUGGGAAACAGGUUUUGGAGAAACUGGAAGCUAAAUGUAAAAUGGAAUGUAAAAUAGUAUAACUGCUGUGGAAAACAGUUUGGGGGUUCCUUAAGAAGUUGGACCUAGAACUACCAUAUGACCCAGCAAUCCCAAUUCUAGGUAAAUGCCCAGAAGUGAAGGCAGGAGUGCCAGCCUGUACACCAGUGUGCACUGCCGUACUUCUCACAACAUUGAGGGAACGUUUCCGCCAGAAUACUCCCUCAUAUCGCUCCCACCUUAACCCUGGAGAAUCACAAAUCUAUUCUCCACUUCUAUAAUUUUGACAAAAUUAUAAUAAAGAGGAUGAUACAUUCACUCAGCAUAGUUCUCUGGAGAUGGAUCCAAGUACUAACUCUCUCUUCUCCAUUCCCACUCACCCUGGUAACCACUAACAAACUUUGGUUUUUAUGCAUUUGCCUACUCUAGAUAUAUCAUGUAAGAGAUCAUAUAGUACUUGUCCUUUUGCAGCUGAUUUCUCAGUAUGUUUUCAAGGCUAAUCCAAUCAAAAUAUGUAUCAACUUCGUUUCCCUUGAUGGUGUAGUAAUAUUCCAUUGUCCAUUCCCUGGGUUGUUUCUACCUUUUGGCUGUCGUGAACAAUGCUGCAGUGAACAAGUAUCUGUGUUCCUGCUCUGAAGUCUUGGAUAUAAACCUAGGAGUGGAAUUGCUGGAUCGUGUGGUAACUCUAAAUUAAAAAAAAAUUGCCAAGUAUUUUCCACAGCGGCUAUACCAUUUUACACUCCCACCAAAUGCGUGAGAGUUCCAACUUCUUCACAUCUUAGGGGUGAAGUGGUAUCUCAUUGUGGUUUUGAUUUGCAUUUCCCUAAUGACUUGGAGCAUCUUUUCAUGUGCUCCAAGAUGUCUAUUCAGAUUCUCUUCCCAUUUUUUGUUUGGGUUGUCUGUCUUUUUGUUGUUGAGUUGUAGGAGUUCUUUAUAUAUAAUCUGGGUAUUAAAUCCUAAUCAAACAUGGUUCCCAAAUAUUUUCUCCCAUUCAGUAGGUUGUCUUUCCACCUCCAGGGGUGUUGAUCAUACUUGUGACAGGAGUCCUCUGGUCUCACCAUGGAGUUAGGGCAGCUCUGCUGUUUAUUAACUGUGACCUUGUACCAGUUAAAUAACCUCUCUGCCACAGUUUCCUCCAUCUCUAAAAUCAGGUGAUAGUAACGGUCCUUAGCCCAUAGGGUUGUUUUGAAGAUUCAAUGAGUUAGUACAUGUAAAGCACUUCAGACAGCCUGGCAUAUGAGUUGUUGUUAGGUGCCACAGAGUUGGUUCCAACUCAUAAUGACCGUAUGUACAACAGAAAGAAACCUUACCUGGUCCUGUGCCAUCCUCACAGUCGUUGCUAUGUUUGAGCCCACUGUUGCAGCCACUGUGUCAGUCCCAUCUUGUUAAAGGUCUUCCUCUUUUUCGUUGACCCUCUACCAAGCAUGAUGUCCUCCAGGGACUGGUCCCUCCUGAUAACAUGUCUGGCGCAGUACAUCAAUUGAUUUCUAGAUUGCUACUUCCUUGGGCUGUAUAUGUUUUUGCCAAGAGGGGCAAUGGUGGUUCAGUGGUAGAAUUCUCACUUUCCAUGCAAGAGUUCAAUUAUCAGCCAGUGCGUCUCCUGGGCAACUACCACCCAUCUGUCAGUGGAAGCUUGUGUGUUGCUAAGAUGGUAUACAGGUUUCAGUGGAUCUUCCAGACUAAGGUGGACUAAGAAGAAAGGCCUGACAAUCUGCUGCUGAAAAUCAGCCAACGAAAACCCUAUGGAUCACAAAAGUCCUAUCCCCAACCGACCAGGGGGAUGAUGCUGGUCUGGGCAGCAUUUCACUUCAUUAUGCGUGGGGUUGCCAUAAGUAGAUGGCACCUAACAACAACAGCGUUUUUGCUGAUACUGUUAUGGCUCCAAUGCAUGAGACAGGAGACAUGGCAGAUAGGAUGGGCUGAGAAAUUAGGUGAUAUUUUUCAUAAUUUAUAGUGUUAAUCCCACAGAGAAAGGUUUAUUGACUGGAUGUUGCCCAUAAAACUUUAAGAAACUUCUUAAGAUCUAAGAGUUCACAUUGUGCAUGUUCAAUAGACAUUACUUGAAUUGAAACAUUGUAAUUUGGGACUCUAGAUGUUUUUUGUUCAGGGUCCCAUUAGUUUGUAAAGUCAACACCUUAGAGGCUGCAAAGAUGACAAAACAAUGCUUAAAGCUCUAUUCCUUCCUCAUGAGCUCUUCUAUUGUGGAGAUGGUAUCUACUGCUGUAGGGGUGUGUGUGUGUGUGUGUUCAGCAGACAGUCCUGACUAAAUGGCUGUGUGAAGAAAAACCUGAUAGGUCCCAGUGAUCAGAGACUAAAAACAGUCUCUCACACAGUCUUGGUCACACCCUAGUAACAGGCUUGUGAAUCACGGUUCCAGUACUUCAGUGGGUUUCUAUUUGAGAGCUGAGCUACCUCCUAGAAAAUAUUAAUAUCAACUAAAAACACAACUAAACACAACUUGUUUGUUUAAUCACUCUGGGAGUAAUUGAAAUACAGUAGAAACCAAAUUAAUUUAUAUUUUGAUGGACUGCACAGUCAUAAAAGAGCUGUAUGUUUUGGUUGAAAGAUUACACAACGAGGCAUAUAGUGUAGGGCUAGGAGUGAGCCUAAGAGCCCUGGUGGUGCAGCGGUUAAGUGCUCAGCUGCUAACUGAAAGGGGAAAAAGAUCUGGUGAUCUGCUCCUGUAAAAAUUAACAGUCUAGAAAACCCUGUGGGGUGGAUGGUGCCCGGCUACCAUGACUGAACAUUUUAAUCAAAAAUUAUAAGAAUCCUGUUCAAAAGGGGAAAACGCAGAACAGAAUUUCAAAUUUCCACGGACUUUCUGGGGCCAUGAAGGCUGGAUGAACCCUUAAAAUUAUUGCACUGAAAUAAUCUUUAAACUUUAAGCCAGAAACACCCCAUGAAGUCUUCUUAAAAUCAAACAACAGUUUAGCUUAAGUAGUAAAAAAUGUCUGCCCUGAGCCUUAAAUUAAGCUCUUUUAAGAGCUAUAUGGGAUCAAACUGACAACCACAAUUCCAGAGAUUAGAUAAGAACCUUAGAGGGCAGUGAGUUUAUGUUAAUUGGGGAGGAACAGCUCCAAGAAUGUAAUCAGUAUCACUGAAUUGUACGUGUAGAAACAGUUGAAUUGGUGUUUGCUGUGUGUAUUAACAACAAAAUAAUUUUUUAAAGCUAUAUUAAAAAAUAAAAUAUGGGGCAGUUCUCUACUGUCCUAUAGUGUUGACUCUGAGUCAGAAAGGACUCAACAGCACAUAAGAAGAAUGAGUCAACCCAGACCCAACCAGGUGCUACCAAUGGAGUCAAUUCCAACUCAUGGCAACCCCAUGUGUGUAGAAUAGAACUGCUCAAUAGGGUUUUCAAGUUUUGGAAAUAGAUUGCUGGGCCUUUCUUCUAAGGUCCCUCUGGGUGGCUUUGAGCUGCCAGCCUUCGGGUUAGUCCAGUGUUUAACCAUUUGAGUCACCCAGUGAGUCAAACAGACUUAAUUUCAAAUAACAGUUCUACCAGCGACUAGGUCUGUAGGCAAUUUAUAGUUCUCUGAGGUUCAAUUUCUUUAAAAAAGCAGGGAAGGUGGCUGUAGUGUCACUAGAGGGAUUGACAGGUGACAUUGUCAGAGGGGGUGCCAGCAAAAUGACUGUCUAUAAAAUUUUUGUGCAGUGUUUUGGCAGAAAUUUAUUUUUUAUAAAAAUAUCCCUGUAGUUCUAACAACAAAAACAUUUUUCAUAAGCCAGCUUACAUGUGUCAAUAUACCUACAAAGCUAAAACUCUAUGCUAAUUUACUUUUUGAACCUUCUAAUGCGUUCUGGUCUGUGAGGCAUCAAAUCGUGUGAUUUCGUAUGUACCCGCUACUACAAGCAUGUACUCUUGUUUUCGUUGCUGCAGGUGGGUUUUAUUUUUUAGUGAUUUAUCUUUUUGACUUUUUUAUUGUACAAGACACAAUGUUUUGUGAAACAGGUUGCCAAACCCAUGACAUGUCAACACUCUCCUCCACCCCGAGUCCCCCAUUUCCUGUCCCCCUUUCCUGCCCCCUUCUCCCUUCUAGUCCUUGCCCCUGGGCUGGUGUGCCCAUUUAGUCUCAUUUUGGUUUAUGGACCUAAUUUUUGGCUGAAGGGUGAACCUCAGGAUUGACUUCAUCACUGAGCUAUAAGGGUGUCCAGGAAACCCUGGUGGCCUAGUGGUUAAGUGCUACAGCUGCUAACCGAUGGGUCGGCAGUUCGACUCUGCCAGGCGCUCCUUGGAAACUCUAUGGGGCAGUUCUACUCUGUCCUAUAUGGUCGCUCCACAGCACUGGAUUUGGUUUUUAAGGGUGUCCAGGGGCCAUACUCUCAGGGUUUUUCCAGUCUCUAUUUAUCAGACCAGUAAGUCUGGUCUUUUUGUGUGUGUGUGUGAGCUAGAAUUUUUUUGUACAUUUUUCUCCAGUUCUGUCCAGGACCCUCUAUUGUGAUCCUUGUCAGAGCAUUCAGUGGUGGUAGCCUGGCACCACCUAGUUGUGCUAGACUCAGUCUAGUGGAGGCUGUGGUAGCUGUGGUCCUUUGGACUAAUCUUUCUCUUGUGUUCCGUUUUCUUCAUUCUCCCUUGCUCCAGAUGGGGACUACAGGUGUUUUUAUAGUCUUUGAUUUUGCCAAAUUUUCUGGUGUUUUAGCUCCAAUAUUGUGGUAAUUAGUAUUUGUGAGGAGCCCUGGUGGCACAGUGGCUAAGAGCUACGGCCGCUAACCAAAAGGUCGGGAGUUCAAAUCCAGUAGCCACUCCUUAGAAACCCCUAUGGUGCAGCUCUACUGUGUCCUAUAGGGUUGCUGAGUCGGAACCAACUCGAUGGCACCUAACAACACCAACACCAACAGUAUUUGUGAACCUGUAUCAAUAACUUUUUUUGAGAAUAAAGCAGUAAUUAAAGGAAAAGGAAA